AGAGUUCGUCAUUUCAACGUAAAUGGUCUGAAAAACGAUGGUGUGCUCAAUCAGUUUUAUUCCAAUUAUAAGCCUUACGUUGCUUAGACUCUUAUUUUGCACAGCUUCCCGGCACGAGGAAGAUUUAUACAAGAUACUUUUCGAUGAUUAUAAUAUUUGGAUUCGACCUGUUGCACAAAGCAACCAAAGCGUUUUAAUUAAGUUUGAAUUAUUCGUUUCGCAACUGGUUAAAGUGGAUGAAAUAAAUCAAAUUAUGAUGACCAAUCUAUGGUUAAAACAAGAAUGGAAUGAUAACAAACUAAGAUGGAAACCCAACGAUUACGGGGGUGUUGAAUAUCUGAGAAUACCAAGCGAAAAUAUAUGGAAGCCAGAUAUAGUGCUUUAUAACACAGCUGUUGGGAAAUUCCAAGUAGAUCAAAAUACGAAAGCUUUAUUGAAAUACAACGGCGAUAUAUCAUGGAUGCCACCAGCAAUAUUCAAAAGCUCAUGUAGCAUAGAUGUCACUUAUUUUCCUUUUGACACGCAGAACUGUACAAUGAAGUUUGGAUCAUGGACUUACGAUAAGGCACGAGUCAACUUGGUUAUGAAGGGCAAAGAGGCGAAUAGAAAGGAAUAUUGGGAAAGUGGGGAAUGGGAAGUCCUUGGAGUAUUUGGAUAUCGACACGAAAGAAAAUAUAAUUGUUGCCCAGAAGUUUACCCAGAUGUUACAUACUCGUUUCAUAUUCGUCGUCUGCCUCUCUUCUACAUGAUAAACUUAAUCAUCCCAUGUCUUCUUAUAUCUUUCCUCACAGUACUUGUAUUUUACCUGCCGUCAGAUUGUGGAGAAAAGAUAACACUCUGCAUAUCAGUUCUUCUUUCAUUGACGGUCUUUUUACUCGUGAUAACUGAAAUAAUUCCAUCUACGUCACUCGUGAUACCACUUAUCGGACAAUAUCUUCUUUUCACCAUGAUUUUCGUGACACUGUCGAUCGUGAUCACUGUGUUUGUUCUAAACGUUCAUUAUCGUUCUGAGAACACACAUACUAUGCCACCGUGGAUCAGGAGAGUGUUUCUGGAGUGUUUACCCAAGGUCAUGUUCAUGAAACGACCAAAGAAACGAAAACGUGCAGUUUAUAAAUUAGCAAAAAAUCUUGUUAAUUUUACUCCGGUGGAAAAACUAGACACCCAUGUGUUUGAUGAAAAUGGAGAUUACAAGAUUGCCUUUUUCGGCCAAGAUUCAAACAGAAAAGCACAAACGCAAGCUUCUAACACGGACAAUAAUUUGCCUAAAGAAGUGAAACGAGCAAUAGAAAGUGUAAUAUACAUUGCCAAUCAUUUAAAAGUGGACGAUGAGUCAACGGAGAUUGAAAACGAUUGGAAAUAUGUUGGCAUGGUUAUUGACCGAAUAUUUCUAUGGAUUUUUAUCGUUGUUUGCAUACUUGGUACUACAGGCCUGUUCUUACGUCCGUUAUUAGAUGAUGAACAUGUUAGUUCAGCACACGCACACGAAGACAAAUAACAAUGUUUAAAUUUAUCUUUUAAGUUGUGUAUUUUGUUUUGAUAUUUUCAUUUAAAAGAUUUAUAAAUUUAGUUUUAAAAAACUUAUGUUUGCGUUGGGAAUAUAAACUGCUGUUUUACCCAAAUCCUUCUUCGUGUACUGUAUGUGUACUGUAUGUGUGUGUGUGUGUGUGUGUGUGUGUGUGUGUGUGUGUUUGUGUGUGUGCGUGCGUGCGUCUCUGUACAUUUACGUUAUAACGCCAUGAAUCGUAUAUAGCUUUCUAAUGUUGUAUGAAAAGUUGGAGCAGUCGUUAAUAACGAGUUACAAGGUAAUGCCCUUUUCACGUAAAUCGUUACAUUUUUUGGCAAUAAAAUAAAACAAGGCUUUA